GAGGGCGUCUGCCCGUCUCGACCAAUGAGUAGCCUCGAGAGUGAGGGCGGUGGCUGUGUGAUUGAGGGCAGGGCGGGACUUGGCGAGGCUAUUGGCCAGGGCGGGCACAGGCUAGAGAUAUAAUUGGUUGAGGAGAAGAACACCGUGGUGGGGUCGGUACAGCGCGGCCUCAGCAGCUACGGAGACGGAAGUGGCUAGAGCGGGGCCUCGGAGGGUCGGGCGGGCGCCGCCUGGUGAGAAGCAGGCAGCCAGGACCCUUGCCAUGGUGGAAUGCACCUCAGGCAAGUUGGAGUGGCUGGGAAGUUUGUUGAGUGUUUUGGAAGUGGAGUUUCACAAUUAUCUAUAGCUAAUUGAACUACAGUAUCAAGCAUGUGUCUGGAAUAUAGUGCUAUCCUCAGCUUUUUCCCUGUUGACAAUGUGACAUUAAAACAUUUAGAACAUACAGCAAAGCCAAACUCGAGUCAAUGGAAACAUACCUUAAAGCUGUGAAAUUGUUUCAAAAUGACCAGAAUUCUCCAGGAGAACCUGAAUACUACCAGCUGGAAGCCUGUGGCAGAAUACAUUGAUCAGCAGUUUGAGCAGUAUUUCCGAGAUGAGAGUGGCUUGAACCGAAAGAACAUCCAAGACAACAGGGUGCACUGCUGCCUGUACUUCAUCUCACCCUUCGGCCACGGGCUCCGGCCGUUGGAUGUUGAAUUCAUGAAGGCCCUGCAUCAGCGGGUCAACAUCGUGCCUAUCCUGGCUAAGGCGGAAGUGGACUGCAAGAAACACAAAAUCUGGGAGGAGAUUGAGCACUUUGGAAUCAAGAUCUAUCAAUUCCCAGACUGUGACUCUGAUGAGGAUGAGGACUUCAAAUUGCAGAAUCAAGCCCUAAAGGAAAGCAUCCCGUUUGCAGUCAUUGGCAGCAACACUGUAGUAGAGGCCAGAGGGCGGCGAGUUCGGGGUCGACUCUACCCCUGGGGCAUCGUGGAAGUGGAAAACCCAGGGCACUGUGACUUUGUGAAGCUGAGGACAAUGCUGGUGCGUACCCACAUGCAGGACCUGAAGGAUGUGACGCGGGAGACACAUUAUGAGAACUACCGGGCACAGUGCAUCCAGAGCAUAACCCGCCUGGUGAAGGAACGGAAUCGCAACAAACUGACUCGAGAGAGUGGUACCGACUUCCCCAUCCCUGCUGUCCCACCAGGGUCAGAUCCAGAAACUGAGAAGCUUAUCCGAGAGAAAGAUGAGGAGAGAGAGAGAGACCUGAAUACUGCAGCCUGCAUCAGCCAGUCCCUGGUGAAACAGAACAGUGUUUUGAUGGAGGAGAACAGCAAGCUGGAAGCCCUGUUGGGCUCAGCCAGGGUGGAGAUUUUACACCUCAGACACCAGGUGAACUUGCGGGAUGACCUCCUCCAGCUCUACUCAGAUUCUGAUGAUGAGGAUGAGGAUGAGGAUGAAGAAGAGGAGGCAGAAGAUGAGAAACAGGAAGAAGAGGAAGCAGAGGAAGACAAUGCUCAUCCCUGUGAAGCCCCCAAGCCGACUUCAAAGGAGACAUUGCUGCACCUGCACCACUGCCUGCAGCUGGAAGCCCUGCGGGAGAAGCUGAGGCUGCUGGAGGAGGAGAAUUAUCAGCUGAGAGAAGAGGCCUCUCAGCUCAACACCCUUGAGGAUGAGGAACAGAUGCUUAUUCUGGAAUGUAUGGAACAGUUUUGUAUGUAAUGUUGUCACUCGAGGUGGGGGGCUGUCCCAAGGAGCAGAGAAGAGACCUCAGGAUUCAGAGUAUGGAGAUCCAAGUUCAAGUCCCAGAUCUGGCACUCCUAGCUGUGUGACCUUGGAUACAUUCCUUGACCUCUCUGAAUCUUUGUCUUUAGAAUGGGGAUGAAUUAUCUCAGCCUCACUGAUCUCUCCAGGGUUUAUGAGGAUUAAGUGUCAACAGCUGAGGAAGUGCUUUGUGCAAACUAUAAAGAGCUAUACAGAAGGUGUGGGUCUCUGACACAGCAAGACUCCAUCUCAAAAAAAAAAGCCUGGGUGUGGUGGCUCACACCUGUAAUCCCAGCACUUUGGGAGGCUAAGGCAGGCAGAUCAGAAGUUAGGAGAUUCAGACCAUCCUGGCUAACAUGGUAAAUCCCCGUCUUUACUGAAAGUCCCGGCUGGUGGCAUGUUCCUGUAGUCCCAGCUACUCAGGAGGCUGAGACACUAGAUUCACAUGAACCCGGUAGGCAGAGGUUGCAGUGAGCUGAGAUCAUGCCACUGCACCCCAGCCUGGGGGACAGAGCGAGACUCUAUCUCAAAUAAAAAAAGUGGUGGGUCUCUUCCAAGUCUGUCUCCUGUUAUUUGGGGCAGUCAGGAGGGAGCCAUGAGCUGCCAGAGACCAGGUACCCAGGGCUGGGACAGUUCAGAGUCAUGCACAGGACAGUGGCUACACCUGGCACCGUCCUAGGUGCUGUGUUUAUGAAGAUGAGUGAGGGCAGUGUUUGUGCAUGAGUUCAGUGUAGCUGGUGAGAUGCAGAUACAAAGUGGCGACAGCGGAACUCCUGUUGUUCCCUCUACCCCAGACCUGAACUUCCUGCCCCCCCAACUCUGCAACUCCCUGAAUGGCCCCGCUGGUCCCCAGGCUACUGGAGAAGGAACCAGUCGCCAAGCUCUGUUUCUUUUACUGCCUAGGAAUGGCUUAAAUCUCUUUUCCCCUCCCGCUCUGGCUGCCUUUAGCCCAGGAUACCUCUCAACUGUUCACACUGCCUCUACUCCCUCCCUACUAGGAACUUCUGCACACAGCCCCAUUGAGUUUUCUGAAACCAAACCUGGCCAGGUACAGUGGCUCCCACUUGUGGUCUCAGCUACUCAGGAGGCUGAGGUGGGAGGAUUGCUUGAGCCUGAGAGUUCUGGGCUGUAGAGACUAUGCCGACGGGGUCAGGAUGGUCCAGGGAGUGGAGUAGCACCAGUUGCCUAAGGAGGGGUGAACUGGCUCAGGUCAGAAGCAGAGCAGGUGAAAACUCCCGUGCUGAUCAGUAAUAGGAUUGCGCCUGUGAAUUGCCAUGGCACUCCAGCCUGGGCAGCCAGGCAAGACCUCAUUUCUUUCGAGAUGGAGUGCAGUGGUGCAAUCUCUGCUCACUGCAGCCCCUGCCUCCUUGGGUUCAAGUGAUUCUCUUGCCUCCGCCUCCCGAGUAGUAUCUGGGACUACUGGUGUUUUUUUUUUUUUUUUUGAGAUGGAGUUUUGCUCUAUUGCCCAGGCUGGAGUGCAGUGGCAUGAUCUCAGCUCCCUGCAACCUCCGCCUCCCAGGUUCAAACAAUUCUCCUGCCUCAGCCUCCUGAGUAUCUGGGUUUGCACGCCACCACGCCCAGCUAAUUUUUUGUAUUUUUGGUAGAGACGGGGUUUCAGGUUGGUGAGUCUGGUCUUGAACUCCUGACCUCAUAUUCUGCUUGUGUUGGCCUCCCAAAGUGUUGGGAUUACAGGCAUGAGCCACUGUGCCUGGCCAUCUUCCCUUCAUUGCCUGGCUGAGCUUCACUUGCCCUGUGGUCUUAGUUUAGUGGUUCCUUUUUCCAGGAAUCCUUCCUAUACCCUGCAGGUCUGGGUUGGGUGCUGUAGUUGUGGUGCCUCUUCCCCAAACGCCCUUGACAUUUGCCCAUCAUGCCCUGUAUGCGUGACUGUGGUCUGUCUCCCCACCAACUUGACCUCAUUGUGGGGCUGGAUCUUGUUGACCACUUACCUUGGUGCCCUGCUCAGUAUCAGUCAAUGAACAUUUCUUGAAUAAACCUGAGUGAGGAUUGCUAAGCCCUGUGGGACCUGCUGGCACAGCCCAGCAGCCGAGGGUGGGGCAGACAGAGGCAUCUGGGAGGGUCAGAGCUGGGCCCUGAAGGCCAGGAGCGCCAGGGUGGACCUGUCCUCUGCCCUCCCCAGCGGAGGCCAGCCAGCAGAUGGCUGAGCUGUCGGAGGUGCUGGUGCUGAGACUGGAAAACUAUGAAUGGCAGCAGAAGGAGGUGGCUCGGUUGCAGGCCCAGGUGGUGAAGCUGUAGCAGGGGUGCUGACAGUGAGUCAGGCCUGUGUGGAACCCUCUUAUCGUGGCCCCGUGUGACCCUAGCUUCCUUCUCCCUGCUUCUGCUUGGCUCCACCAGGCCCAAGGUCCUUUUCUGUGUCAGAGUCAGAGUUAGAGGAGACCUCCGUGAGGCCCUUAUCUUGACCCCUUGUUUGAGGAGGGACCAAGGCCUGGAGAAGAUCCUUCUGGGAACCAGGCCAUGUGACUCCCCUGCCUUCUUUGCCCUCCUUCCGAGUGACUUCUCAUUUCACAGGCUGCCAAGGACUCAAUGAUGUGCCUGGAGAGACUUGCUGGAAGCAGGGCGUGUCCCGAGUGGGGAAGCCUCAGAUGGGGGUUCACUGGUUUUUGGUCCUUCCAGUAUGGGGCUGAGACUGAGAAGUUGUAGCAGCAGCUGGCUUCAGAGAAGGAAAUCCAGAUGCAGCUCCAGGAAGAGGCGAGGCUCCCUUCCAGCUCCUGCCCCCACCCUGGAGAGCCUCUGGCCCAGAGUGCGGACCCUAGGCCCUUGGCAGCUACCUGACUCUGGAGAAGAUUAGCAGGGACUGAGUCUUAUCCCUUUCCAUCCCCUCCGUUCCUGGCACAGCCCAGCAGGUGGCAGUUCCUUUAAGGUUCAAGUGACGUGGAAUGCAGGGACCUCCCCUGGGUCCCCCACAUGGCACUUGGAGUCCAGAGCCUGGGCCUCUGGCCUCAGCCUGAGAGCGGUUAGGCAGAGGUGCUGGACAGGGUGGGCCUGGGUCCCAGCAGAGCCUGUGGGUGGGUUCCCAGCUGCAAGACCUGCAGGAGAAGUACAUGGACUGUGGGGUCAUGCUGAUUGACACACAGGAGGAGGUGAAGAUCCUCAGCAAUCUCUGGUAUCCACUGGUCUGCCACCCACUGCCCGUACAGCAUGCCUGUGGAGACUCUUCCUGGUUUCCAGCAGACCCUGGCUGAGGAGCUCAGAACAUCUCUAAGGAGGACGAACUCAGAUCCCAUGUGUUUUAUGGAAAGAGAGGCAGACGAUAACACUGGCCAGGAAAACAGCUACAGAUUGUGAAAUGUGCUCUGAAGAAAGGACUGUGCUGUCGUGAGACAAAGCAGCAGACGGCAAGAAGCCGUGUUUGCCUCUUUCUGCUCGUCAGCGCAGUUUCACAAAGACCCCGACUGUAGGCAGUUCUCCAGAAAGAUGCUUUGAAGACAGCACAGGAGAGAGCCCAAAGCCCCCAACGCCUCCUGCCUGAGUCACCACAUUUCAUUUCUUCUUUUCUUUUUUCUUUGAGAGAGGGUUUUGCUCUGUCGCCCAGGCUGGAGUGCAGUGGCAUGAUCUCUGCUCACUGCAACUUCUGCUUCCCGGGUUCAAACAAUUCUCUUGCCUCAGCCUCCUGAGCAGCUGGGACUACAGGCACAGGCCUGGCUAAGUUUUGUAUUUUUAAUAGAGACAGUUUCACCUUGUUGACCAGCCUGGUCUCGACCUCCUAACCUUGAGUGAUCCACCCUCCUUGGUCUCCCAAAGUGCUGGGAUUACAGAUGUGAGCCACUGCACACCUGGCUUGAGUCUUCACAUUUCUUAAAUGAGAAACGAUCCUAGUCCCUGCCUUUUCUGACAUGUAACAUUUCCAGGAUGACAUCUGACGGAGUUAGCAAUGAUGGCUCUGUGAUCUAGGUGUGGCCAGAUGUACUCUGACACCCAAACCUUGCUGUGAUUCUGCUCUCAUGUAAUUCUGAGCAAGUCUGACGGGAUUGUGCACACACGGAACCUCCCCCGGCAGCCCCCGGCUAUAUAUAAACAGGGGACUGAAACACUGUGCCACAGCCUGCUCCUGGGCUGGAGGCCUCAAUCUAUAGUCCUCAGGAAGACUUUGAAUAAAACUAGCAUUCAUUCUUUAAAAA